GUCAACAUACCGUCGUCAAUACUGUAAAGAAGCGACCGCGGGCAUCUCUCUCCUGCCGUUGUCUGUUUCCCCUCCCCUCCCAGUCUCUCUUCCCUCUUCUUCUUCUUCAUCUCUCUACUCCAUUCCUUUCACAUCUGAAACCGAGAGAGAUAUAUACUUCGGGUUUUGUAUUUUCUUUCUCCUGCUUCCGUGCUUCUUUGGCACUUCGCCGCUCUCCGCUCAUCGCCGUGGUUCACCGCCGGCGGUCUCUCCGACUGUUGCUGCCUUCGGAGUUGCUUCCUUCUCCAAGGUUGAAACCUGAGAGUUCCUUCCGAUUUGAUUCGAUCUCGGGUCCCACGAAGGAGGACUGAUAUGAUGCAGCGAGUUACAGACUUUGAUAUCAAUAAGUUAAGUAAAGAAACUCAGUUCCGGUGGUUGAAGCCAGUAGAAGUCUUGUUUAUUCUGCAGAAUCAUGAGACGUUUGAGAUCACUCAGAAGCCUCCCCAGAAGCCACCUAGUGGUUCUUUGUUUCUUUUCAACCGCAGAGUGCUUCGUUAUUUUCGUAAUGAUGGCCACUCAUGGAGGAAAAAGAGAAACGGUAAAACCAUCCGUGAAGGGCAUGAGCGACUUAAGAUUGGAAAUUAUGAAGCAAUAAAUUGUUAUUAUGCCCAUGGGGAACCAAAUUCUUGUUUUCAAAGGAGGAGCUAUUGGAUGCUAGAUCCGGCCUUUGACCACAUUGUUCUCGUACACUAUAGAGAUGUUAUCAAGGGAAGACACAUUCCUAAAUCUAUUGUCAGCAGCUCAAUUGAUUCUUGUCCAACUCUGAGAUAUAGCACGAGUGUCAGUAAUGAUCAAGCACAGGGAAUUCAUUCUUGUACCAUUGAAUUUAAUGAUCCUUGUCAGAACUCAUGUAGUCCAGGAUCAGUGGAAGAAAUUAUUUCUCAGGUCACUGGAGGAAACAUUAAGAUGUCCCACUUAAACACAAUGGACAGAUCAGAAUCUACUAACCAAUUAUUGCAAUCAGAAUUAAGUCAAGCACUGAGAAAGCUUGAAGAGCAGUUAAGCUUAGAUAAGGACAAGGAUAGCUUUGCUUCUUCUGAAGAAGAACUGCCCCCAUUCUGCAACCUGAAUGUGGAAACACAUAAUACACAAGAUGAAACAAGGAGCCCGAAAGAGGAGGCACUUCAGAAUCCACUUGAUAAAUUCCAACAAAUGUCAAACGGUCACAAUGAAGAUAGUCUGCAAUAUGACAAUGGUUUGGAAAGGCUUCAUGGAUCCCUUUUUCCACAAUCUUAUGCCACUGAAGCAGACAAUUAUGGAGCCAAUUAUAGUCUGCUGAUACAAGGAACUGGCGAAACUGCUCCUUCAGCUGAAAUAAGUGAGUUUUCUUCUUUGUUUACAGAUAUGUGGUUUGACCAAAGUCAGUUUGGAGCUCCUCGUCGAACAGAAUCAGGUUUGACAUUAGCAGAAAGGCAUCUGUUUACCAUACGCGAAGUCGUUCCUGAGUGGGCGUUUUCUUCUGAACCAACAAAGGUUAUCAUCACAGGAGACUUUCAUUGCAGUCCUUUUGAGCAUACAUGGACUGUAUUAUUUGGAGAUAUUGAAGUUCCUUUGGAAAUUGUUCAGGAUGGUGUUUUCCGUUGCUUAACUCCCCAGCAAAGUGCCAGAAAAGUCAAACUGUGCAUUACAUCUGGCAACAGCCAACCCUGCAGUGAACCACAUGAGUUUGAAUUUCGUGAGAAGCCAGAAAAAGCAAGCUGCAGUAGUACAUCAGUUGGAGCUGUUGCAACAAAAAUCUCAGCGGAACUCUUAUCUCUGGUCAAAUUUAUGCAGAUACUUUUUUCUAGUGCAUCAAACCCUCAAGAAGAUCUUGAACUGGAAGUUGAUCCUUUGAGGAAGUUGGAAGGAUCCAAAAAUCAGUUAGAACCAAUCAUCGAAGCUCUCCUAUCAGGCUCUAUGGCUCCAGAAAAGAUAAUGAAUGCAAUCCUUCAAGAACUAUUAAAAGAUAAGUUGCAUCAGUGGUUAUCAUUUAAGCAUCAAGGGGCUACCGAAAAAGAUCAUCUGCUGUCCAAACAAGAACAAUGCAUCAUACACAUGAUCUCGGCCUUGGGUUAUCAGUGGGCCUUACUUCCAAUUCUCAAAUCUGGUGUAUGCAUAAACUACCGUGAUUCAAAUGGAUGGACUGCACUUCACUGGGCGGCAAGUUCUGGAAGGGAAGAAAUGGUUGCUGCACUUCUUGCUGCUGGUGCUUCAGCCGGAGUUGUCACAAAUCCAAGUGCACAUGAUCCAGCAGGCAAAACGCCAGCUUCUUUAGCUGCUGCCAGUGGUCACAAAGGUCUUGCUGGAUAUCUUUCAGAAGCUGCACUAACCAGUCAUCUUUUUUCUCUGACAACUGAGAGAAAUGAGAGAUUCGAGGAGUCUGCUUAUGUGGAGGUCCAGAGAGGUGUGAACAGUAUAUCUGAGAGGAGUGCCCAUGCCCACUCAGAUGGUGGGACAGAGGAUCAACUUUCACUUAAAGAUUCAUUAGCAGCUGUCAGAAAUGCAGUUCAAGCUGCAGCCCGUAUACAAGCUGCUUUCCGAGCAUAUUCUUUCAGGAGGAAGCAACAAGAAGCUGCCAUAUGUAUGUCUCCAGCAGGCGUACAUGAACUUUCUGUUGCAUCAAGGUCACAUAAAGCAUUUUAUGGUUUUAGUGAUAAAAAAUAUGAGCAAGCAGCUUUGUCGAUUCAAAGGAACUAUCAGCGUUGGAAAAGACGAAAGGAGUUUCUACAGAAACGUAGAUGUAUUGUGAAGAUACAGGCUCAUGUAAGAGGUCGUCUAGCAAGGGAAAAUUACAAGGAGCUCCUUUGGAGCGUUGGUGUCCUAGAAAAGGCCCUGCUGCGAUGGCAUAGAAGAGGAGUUGGCUUACGGGGGUUUCAAGCUGAGCCAGAAUAUAUCGACGAGGAAGAAGAUGACAUAGUCAAGGUUUUACGUAGGCAAAACUUGGAUACAGCUAUUAAUGAAGCUGUCUUCAAGGUCACAUCCGUGGUAGGGAGCCCUCGAGCACGGCAGCAGUACCGACGGAUGCUUGAAAGCUACCAACAGGUUAAGGACUCGAUCAUCUUGUCUUCACCCAAAGGUCCUGAUUCAGCUUCCACAAAAUCUUGAAUAAGGGGCAGCUGAAGCACAAUGGUCUGGCAAUCAGCAACCUUCUGGUCCGGUUCAGAAUGUCUUUCCUCGACAAGUUUCUUAGGCCAAGCUGGAUAAUUGUACAUAAUAAAACAACCGAAGAAUAAUCAUGAUGUGUGGAACUAUCACAGCAAACUUGAGUUUAAUCGUGCACACGAUAAAGAAGAUCGGCAAAAGCUAAAGGAUGGAUCAUUCCGAAAGGUUGGUUAGAAGAUGAGUUCUAGAUCAGUGUAUAUGUUUAAAUAUAAUCUUUCGCCAUUACCAACUAAAACGGGUGCUUUAUCUGUUUGUCUAACUGUAAUCUAGCGGUCGUACAUAGUUCUUUGUAGAGGUUGCUCUCUUUGUAUCUGCUUGCUACGAGAUUUGUGGCAUUACCUUCAUGUAUUAUUCUGUUCUUGGUCCAAAGUUUACUUUUCUCUCA